AAGCUUCGUGCACUGACGUGACGUGAAAACACGCUGUUGCAACCAGGAAGUGACGUCACGACGUCCCGUCAGUGUUGAUGUUUGUGGCUGAGCAGAGAAGAAGGGACGCCGAUUCUGGUUGUGGUCGAAUUAAACGACGAAAACACGGCGAGCCUCAGCUUUAGUCGUCGGCUUCGGUCACUAGGGAGUCUUAAGUCGGAGUUCGGAGGCGGACGGCGGCUCGGAGGCUGAAUUCACCGAGACAUUCGAUCCCCCGGGCGGACUCGCCUCUGACCCUCCCCGCCUCACAUCGACCAUGACGAUCCUGCCCAAGAAGAAGCCCAGCUCCGGGGUCGGAGUCUCGGACCACGCCGACGACGGCGACCGUCGGAGCGGCUCCGACCCUCACCAGCACCCGCACGCAGGCCGAGCCGGAGCCCGGCCGAGGGCUUCACCUCCGCCUUGGUCCUACCAGCCCGCUCCGCCCUCCGUCAGGGACGACAGGCGGAGCAUCGAGGCGAGCUCCCGGCCGCAGCAGGCCUCUCCUCAGCCCGUGGGCUCCGUCUCUCCUGUGGGACAGGGCGACGGCCGGGACAGCAGCGGCGGGAUCGGGCCCGGGUCCCGUGGGGAGCUGGUGGUGUCGGGCGGCGUGGUAGGCUGCGGCUGCGGCAUCGGAAGCUGCUGUUCCGGUCCAGGACUGAGCAAGCGGCGGCGACAGGCAGGCACCUGCGCCGGCGGGAUGGUGGCGGCUCUGGCCGGGGGAGGCCAGCCCGGGGUGACCGGACCGGGUGGAGUGGGCUCCAGCCAGGACUCUGAGGAAGGAGCUGGGAACAAUAGCGAGGACGAGUACGAGAACGCCGCUCGGCUGCAGUCGGUGGACCCGGCCACCGUGGAGCAGCAGGAGCACUGGUUUGAAAAAGCUCUGGUGGAAAAAAAAGGUUUCGUCAUCAAGAAGAUGAAGGAGGACGGAGCGUGUUUGUUCAGAGCUGUCGCCGACCAGGUGUACGGGGACCAGGACAUGCACGAGGUGGUCAGGAAACACUGUAUGGACUACCUGGUGAAGAAUGCAGACUACUUCUCAAACUACGUGACGGAGGACUUCACCACCUACAUCAACAGGAAGAGGAAAAACAACUGUCACGGGAACCACAUCGAGAUGCAAGCCAUGGCUGAGAUGUACAACCGGCCUGUGGAGGUCUACCAGUACGGCACAGAACCUAUCAACACGUUCCAUGGAAUCCACCAGAACAACGACGAGCCCAUCAGAGUGAGCUACCACCGCAACAUCCACUACAACUCUGUGGUCAACCCCAACAAGGCCACCAUCGGGGUCGGCCUGGGGCUGCCCGCCUUCAAACCCGGGUACGCAGAUCAGUCGCUGAUGAAGUCAGCCAUCAAGACGUCGGAGGAGUCGUGGAUCGAGCAGCAGAUGUUGGAGGACAAGAAGAGAGCGACCGACUGGGAGGCCACCAACGAGGCCAUCGAGGAGCAGGUGGCCCGCGAGUCCUACCUGCAGUGGCUGCAGGACCAGGAGAAGCAGGCGCGACAGCCCCGUAAAGCCAGCGCCACCUGCAGCUCAGCGACGGCAGCUGCGUCCAGUGGUCUGGAUGACUGGAGCGCUCGGUCGCCACGGCAACGGGACACGGACCCGUCCCACACAGACCUCACUGGUGCUCCCCCCGCCAACAACAAACCCCCCUCCCCCACGGGAGCCGCCCUCAUCUUGAGCAAACCGCCUUCACCCUGUGCGCCAGGCCCCAGUAAUCAGAGUCGCCAUCACCUGGAGUACAGAGCCAUCAUGCAGGAGAUGUCACCCACAGCAUUUGGUCUGACCGACUGGGAGGACGACGAGAUCCUGGCGUCGGUGCUCGCCGUGUCGCAGCAGGAGUACCUGGACAGCAUCAAACACCAGAGCGCCACCAUGCACCGAGAACGGGAGCCGUCCCCGGACAGCAGCUGAUGACCGGCUGACAUGCACAUGACAGUGACCUUGAACCCUGCACACCUCUGACCUGCAGAACAUCUCCGAAAGACGAACGCACACUUUUCUCCAGAACAUUCACCCGUCUCUCCUCACUUACUCCGUCUCUCCUCCCUCCGGAUGAAAGCGUCGACACCUGUAAAGCAGAAGUCACGUCACAUCGUCCCGACACACUGAAGGUUUCCAAGAUUUACACAAACGACCAAGUGGACUUCGCUUUACAUCUCAACUGUUCAUAAAGUUGCUGUCUGCUAGCGCUAAUGUGUUAGCUCUGAGCCCUUCUAAGGUCUUAGCUUGGUACUAGCUGCGGUUAGCUGCGCUGUGCUCAUUGUCAAGUCAGUUAGCAGUGGGUCAAAGGGAAAGUGUUUCCAGGUGCCAUUUUGAUAUUCCAUUUUUGAAACAUUUGACCCAUAAAUCAGUCAGCGUGAACCGUCGUGACUAUUUUACUGUUCGAGCUGCUGCUCAUCUAGUUCUGUGAGAACUACAGUUCUCGCAGCUGACUCCCCUCAAGUCUCACAGCCCCUCGCUGGCUGUAACCUUCCCUCUGUUUGCCACACGACGACCAAUUCUCCAUGUCCAACUCUGCUGACGACGGAUCGCUCGGCCAUUUUGUAUCUGGACCGACAUUCACGCUUCAUUUUCCCUUCACCUCCCCAUCUUUAUCAGCUCGUCUUCCUCCCUCGCCCUCAUCGGACUUAUUUAGCUGCAUGUGUAACCGACCACGCCCUCCACGUCAUGGAGAAAAGCAGAAUAAAAAGGAAAGAAAAGGUAGAACGGUCAAACUCUUAAUCCUCUUAACAAUGAUUAUUGUUGUUAUUAUUAUUAUUAUUAUUAAUAAUAUAAGUUUGUUUUAUUUUAUUUGAUUGUUUGGGAUGAAAAUAACUU